AUGGAAACCCCUGAGAAGCCCGAACGCAGUGACGCCGAGUUCCAGCAGUCGCUGGAUGCCAGGCAGAGGGAGGUGAACAACGCGCUCAACACGGGUAACCCUGGUCGCGCUCUCAGUGCCGCCCUCCAGGACCCUCCUCUUGGGUGCAAGAACCAGCAGAUCAGGGCUGUGGUGAACGUUCUCACUUCGGUCAAGGAUGCUGACAUGCAGAAGAACAUCGAUGCUCUCUCCCCCACCGAUCUGGACACCCUCAUGAAGUACAUCUACCGCGGUCUUGAGGACGGUGAGAACUCGACCUCGCUCCUGAAAUGGCACGAGGCUGUCACCAAGAAGGGUGGCCUCGGCUGCAUCGUCCGCGCCCUGGCUGAGAGGAAGGCCUUGUAA